AUCAGUAGAGGGAGAGGAUGGUAAAACCAUUUAGUCCUUUCUUUUUUUGGGUACGUCCAGGUAUCCACCCACCGUUAAUGACGUCCGUUUUACGGUCCGUCGCACCGGCGACUAAUCGCACGCCACCAUUUAGUCCUUUCUUGUAUGUGAAGAAGCUGUACACCCGCCGUUCGCGGCUGCAGUUUAAUUUCUAGAUUUUCUUUCUUUCUGCGAAGCAUCGUACUACUCAUCUCCGCAUACUCUUAUGGUCCCUACCCCAAUGCAUUUCACAUCUUUCUCCCUCUCUACCGCCUUAUAUAUACUCGCUCCCACUGCCCCGCUCUCCCCUUCUCAACACUCCGAUCCUCUCCCGCAAACUAAACUCCCAAUCUAAACUCUAAAUCCUACUGAUCAUAAUCCAGAAAGUUUAAAAAAAGAAGAAGAGAGAAAUCAUGCGUCGAGGCAGUAAUGCUGGUGCAUCCUCUUCGAAGCUCGAUCGAAACGUCAUCGAAAGAAACCGGAGAAUGCACAUGAAAGAUCUCUACUCCAGGCUCGCCUCCAUCCUCCCCGCCCAGUCCUCCAAGGAGAAGUUGGCGUUGCAUGUGCUGCUGGACCAGGCGACGGGUUACAUAAAGCAAUUGCAGCAGAAGGCGGAGGAGCUGAGGCGGAGGAGGGACGGGCUGAAGGGCGAUGGCGGUCAGCCGGAGAACUCGCCGUUGAGGGGCAGUAUGAGAUUGCCGGUGGUAAAGCUGAGGGACUUGGGGUCGGCGCUGGAGGUGAAUCUGGUGAUUGGGCCUAACCAGAACUUCAUGAUUCACCAAGUCAUCAGAAUUCUCGAGCAAGAAGGCGCUGAGGUCGUCACCACCAGCUGCUCCAUCGUGGGUGGUACCGUCUUCUACACUAUCUACUCUCAGCCGCUGUGCCCGAGGAUUGGGAUAGAAAGUUCAAGGGCUCACGAGAGGUUGAAACAGCUGAUCCUUACUUGAUUUUUCCUUUUUUUUUUCUUUCCCUGUUUCAACGGCGCGUAUCAAGCAUCCCCGCCGGCCGGCUAGCCACCAUUGUUUACGGCUGCUACCUGCAAGAUCGAUAUAUUUAGAUAAAUGUAUGAGAACCAUGUAGAUGAAUUAAUUAACUGCCCUCUUAGUUUCCCCCUACUGUCAAAUCCAACGUGCCAUGAUAUAUAUGUAUGCAUUCCCCUCUUCCUCACGCAAGCCAGCUACUCAGCUAGUGCUGUUAAUUGCUUCAUUUAAUCAAUAUAUAUAUUUUUCUCUUGUGUUA